GCGAAACCCUAGCCGCCACCCAAGCCCCCUCCUUCCCCUCCCUCCCCUCGCCGCCGCCGGAGGAUGCUGGUGGGCGAAGCCCUCGUCGGUGGACGGCGGCGGGGCACUUGUUCGCGUGCUCGCGCGCUGGAGCGGUGGGAGCGUGUGGUGGCACGCCGGAAAGCUGUCCGCGUGCAGGAGAGGUCGAGAUGGCGCGGUGCGUGUGCGUGGAGGCGCUGCUACGGCGGCUGCCGGCCACUGCAGCGAGCGGCAGAGCUGGGGGCGCCCAGAUCUGGGCCGCGCGGGCCCGCCUUGGCCCGAGUCAACCACUCUGCCCCCACCCACCCUUCUCCCUCCUCUCACCCCUCCCAGCCGCCGCCGGUGGUUGCCGCUGGGUUGUGCAUGCGCGCGGUGACCCUGACGGUUGCUGCGAUGCUGUGCCACGGCGAAUCCCGGCGGCGGAGGCUGCGGGCCGGCGCGGUGCAGGUGAUCGUUGUCGCCUGCUGGACGCGCUCCCGGUGGUGGUCGGCCUGCUGGCGCUGCGCUGGCCGGUGCCCAAACCUGCGACUACCGACGUUCCUAGGCUUCCCGCUCCAUGUGCUUCCGUCUUCUCCAACGUUCUUCGUCAUGUCCGGUCUGCAUCUGCAUUUGAGGUCCUUGCUCAUGGGUUGGGGCGAAAUCCCUGCGCAGCGUCGGCCUGCGCUGUCAACGGCGACGCCCGAGGGUGCCGUCACCUCCUUGGAGGCGUUGGCAUGACCCUUGACCGGACCUCCUCCUCGAGCACCGGGAGAAAUCCUAGGUCCGGCCUCCUGGACCGGGCAGCGGCGGCGUCUCAACGCCAUUACCCUCUUGAGGGC